AUGCCAAUCAAAGCAGUUCUCUUCGACUACAUGGGCACUUGUCUCGACUGGCACACCGGUAUCACCAACAUCUUCCCAUCUACCAUCCCACAACCAGACAGAUCCGACUUCGCGCUCGAAUGGCGACAACUUUAUUUCGACACCAAUGCCGCACGACAAGGUCGCGGUGACCCGCCUGAAGACAUCGACAUCACGCAUCGAAUGACGCUGGACGAAAUGCUCACUCGACCUAGAUGGCAAGCGCACGCUGAACUCUUCACCGAAGAAGUCAAGACGAAAUGCAUAGCGCAAUGGCAUCAUCAAACUGCUUGGGACGAUACCAGACCCGCACUCCUCAAACUUCGACAACGCGGCUAUGAAGUCUUCGUCCACGCGAAUGGCACGACGAGAUUGCAGCUCGACAUCACCAGAUCCGCGGGCUUGAGCGAUUGCUUCGAUAUGUUGUUCUCGAGUGAGCUGAUAGGGACCAUCAAACCCGCGAGAGAGAACUACGAUAAAUGUCUGGGCCUGAUCAAGAGAAAGCCUGAAGAAUGUGUGAUGGUGGCGGCUCAUGGGUAUGAUGUGAGAGGUGCGAAGAACGUCGGCAUGAAGACCGUGUAUAUCUACCGCUGGACCGAUGAUAUCAACGAGGAUCAUGCGAAGAUGAAGGGCGAGUUUGACGCCUAUCUGGAGGGAGGUAUGCAAGGGCUGGAUGAGGUCGUUGCGGAGUUGGGAUGA